AUGUUUCAGCUUUGGAAGCUUGUUCUCUUGUGCGGCCUGCUCGCUGGGACCUCAGAGUCUCUUCUUGGGGAUCUUGGCAAUGACCUGAGUAAUGUUGUGGAAAAUGUGAAACCUGCGCUUGAGAACGGACUUGAGACUGUUGACAAUACACUUGAUGCUGACCUUCCAAAACUGAGUGUCGACUUGGACGUGCUUCAGAAAUCCAAGGUUUGGCAGCUGGCCAAGCAGAAAAUCCAGGAAGCUGGGAAUUUGAUGGACAAUGCCCUAAAUUUGGUCAAUUCAGUUAAAGAGAAGACUUUGGGGGUGGAGAUCAGCAACUCCCUCAUCCAGGAUAUCAAAAGUGAACUGACUGCUGAUGGCAAUGGCAUUAACCUGAGGUUCCCUGUCACCGCCGAUGUCGCUGUGGUCCUGCCUUUGAUUGGCAAGGUCGUCAACCUGCAGGCCUCCCUGGACCUCCUGAGUGGAGUCAGAAUUGAAACCAAUGUCCAAAACAGCCUGAGCACAGUGGUCCUGGGAGAAUGCACCAGUGACCCAAUCAAUGUCUCCCUCUCCUUGCUAGGCAGACACAGUGAACUGGUCAACAGGAUAGUGGACACUGUGACAAGCAGCCUGAAACAGAUUGUGUCUUCCCUGGUGUCAAAGGAAGUGUGCCCACUGAUCCGCAGCAUUGUUGACACCCUGGACAUGAGUUUUAUCCAGAACGCCAUCACGGAUGAGGAGGAGGACUGCUGUGAUGCCCGCCUGCUGGUGAGGGGCCGGGCUCUGUGCCCCAAUGCACAGGGGCCUGUGGUGAAGCGAAAGGGUCCUGAGGACUCAUGGAGAAUCAGGGCAUACCUGGUCCGACUGGACUCAGAAGCACAGGGCAGUGACACAGGGACAGACAAGGACCCCUCGAUGCUGCGGUUCUCCCCCAGUGCCGCGUGA